AUGAGUUUGCAAAGGAUGAGGCUAGAGUUGAAAGACCAUUUUGGAAUUGAAGCUACAAACAGGCAACUUUGGAAAGCUAGACAGAAAGCUAGAGAAGAUGGGGGCUAUGAUUAUGCUCACUCAUAUGGUAAUUUGAGGCAUUAUGCUGCUAUGAUUCACAAAACUAACCCUGGGAGUACUGCUAUUAUACAGAGUAAUCUAGUUCUAGUUGAGCAAAAUCUAGAUGAUGAGAAUUUGGAGGGUGAUAAUUUGGCAGCCCCAAUAAUGAAGUCUCAGUUCAACAGAAUUUUCAUUUACUACUCAGGUGUGAAAACUGGUUUCUUAGCAGCCUGUAGACCAUUUUUUGGCUUAGAUGGUUGUCAUCUAAAAAGGCCAUACAAUGGCAUCUUAUUGUCUGCAGUGGGGCUUGAUGCCAAUCUUCACUUCUAUCCAAUUGCUUAUGCAAUUGUAGAAGCCGAGAAUAACUCUAGUUGGAAAUGGUUUUUGGACUUGUUGAGAAACGAAAUUGGAGAUACUAAUAAAGGCCAACCAUGGUGUAUCAUGAGUGACAGACAAAAGGGUUUAAUUGAGGCUAUCAUAGACAUCCAAGAUGCAGGGCAUCGUUUUUGUUGUUUUCAUUUGGAAAACAACAUGUUAAAAAAGUUUGGCACAUCACACCUUCAAGGUCUCUUUUGGGCAGCAGCCGAGACAGCCAAUUUUGAAAAUUUCAAGCGAAUAAUGGAGCGGAUUAAGGAAUUCAACCAUGAGGCACAUGUCUGGCUGAGCAAUAUUGACUUCAAGCAUUGGACAAUGAGCAAGUUUGAUCCAAAUGUGAAGGUAGAACAUCUCACCAAUAACUUUGUUGAGUCAUUCAAUGAUUGGAUAGAAGACCAUCGAUACAAGGCCCCAAUUGAGUUGCUAGAGGGUAUAAGAAUGCAACAAACGGCCAUGAUGCAUGCAAGGAAAGCAACAGCAGACAGAUGGGAGCACAAGCUCACUCCAAAAGUCCAUGUGAAGGUGCAAGAACUCCAUAAAAGAGCACGUUUUGCAUCAGUAACAAGGGUUGGAAAAGAAGAAUUUCAGGUGGAUUAUGACAAAAAAAAGGUGUAUUGUUCGACUGAAUGA